AUGGCUGCUGCGCCGGCUGGCGGCGCGCUGGAUGCGGCUGCCGAGCCGUGGAUGUACCUAGACCCUUACGACUCCCACUUGGACGCCCGAAUCGGCCGCGAUGGUCUUACAGUGGAGGCGCUGCACGAGGACGGGUUCCAGUACCUCUGGAAGGGGGUCCGAGCCAACUACGGGAUCACCAAGGGCGUGUACAUGUACGAGGUGAAGGUGCUCGAACACCCUGCUGUGAAGAUGCCCGACACGAAGCCUCAGAAUCAGAAUAUUCUGAGAGUGGGCUUCUCGCAGCCACUCACGUCGCUGUUCUUGGGCGACACCGCCGAAGGCUGGGGUUGGGGAGGUACAGGAAAGAAGUCGAACAACAAUAAUUUCAACGAUUACGGCAGCACGUUCACUUGCGGCGAUGUUCUCGGCUGUGUCGUGGACAUGGAGAUGGGUUCUAUAUCCUUUCUCAAGAACGGCGAGUUCAUGGGUGUAGCGUUCGACAACAUACCCGCUGCGGCGGGGACUACGGGCAUGUUCCCGCACAUUCUGUUGAAGAACGUCAAAUGUCAGCUGAAUUUCAGGCGCGAGAACAAGUGGUUCGACCCGCCGGGGCCCAUGGUGAAGUUCUUCGAGGAGGCCCCGGAGUCCUCGUGCGUCGCCAACCCUGUGGCCCACCCGAGGAGCCUUCAGGAGGCAGAGUUCAUCCAGCUGGUAGGUCUGCCUGCGUGCGGGAAGACCUACUGGGCCCAGAAGCACAUGGAGGCAAACCCCAUGAAGAAUUACGUGUUACUGGGGACAAACGCCGUCAUCGAUCAGAUGAAGGUCAUGAGCCUCACUCGCCAGCGAAACUACGCCGACCGAUGGCAGGAGCUCAUCUCCCAGGCGACCCCGAUCUUCAACAAACUGGUGGAGAUUGCUGGUAAAACCCCGCGCAACAUUAUUCUAGACCAGACCAACGUCUAUAAGAACGCGCGGAAACGGAAGGCCGCUGCCUUCCGGGAUUUCGGCAAGCGCAUAUGCGUCUGCAUCGUCAACGACGAGGAGACACUGGCGCAGCGGACGGACAAGCGCGAGCGCGAGGAGGGGAAGUUCGUGCCUGUGCAGGCCGUGAACGAGAUGAGGGCGAACUUCGUGGCCCCCGAGCUUGAGGACGGCUUCACCGAACUCGAGUGGCCGGAGCUGCCUGAGAGGGAAGCCAGGGAGAGGAUCCAGGCCAUCAAGGGCGGCGGCAAGAGCUGGCAGCAGAGGAACCCUGGUCAGCGCGGCCCCGAGCCGAAAACUCGCCUGGAGAAUCGGGACGCCGCCACCGUGGGCAAGAACGCCAAAGGAAAAGGUGGCUACGACUGGGACAAGCCGCGAGCCUGCUACCUGUCGCUCUCCACGCUCUCCCUCGUUGCCAUGCGUCGGGCGGCUCAGAAAGCCAUGGUCAAGCAGGCCCUUGGAAGUCAUGAGUACAGAGGCAGAGUCUUAAGACACGUUGCGGCUAGGUUCAGCACUGGGGACUUGUCGGUGCAUAUCCUGGGCGACUUUCCUCGGUGGGGGCCUGAGCGUGAGGUUGUGCUGAAGUGGACCAAGGAGUUCUUGGCAGGUCGAGCCCAUAUGGGCAUCUUUCAGCUCGCUCUCAAUGGAUUCCUUUUGGCGACGCAGGCGCGGCUCAUCGACGGCAUGCACGAAGAUCGUGCUCAGUUCCUACUUGACCAGAUCAAGGAUGUAACCAUCGCGAUAGAUGGGCGCAUUCCAGCGAGCGAAUGGGCCUCCUUAGACAAGGCCCUGCGUUUCGGGGGAAAGCCCCGCAAAAAGUCGUUGGCCUUCCCCUCCAUGUUAGAUGAAGAAGGGGUCCCAGCCACUACCCAUGAUCAGAUUGCUGAUAUCGCUCAGAGGUACUUUGGCCAGAUUGAGCUGGCAAGAAUGGUCGGUGACAGUGAGCCUGUCCAUGAAUACAACAAGUGCAGCCUGGACCAGGCCCACAGGCUUGAAGAUGCGCUCCUGGAUCUUGAAAUGACCCCCUUCCUGACGCCUGGGUUAGAGGCCGAACUUGCGUCUCGGGCCCCUCUGGAUGACGUUGGCAUGUCGCCACACUUGCUCCAGCUCGUGAGGGAAAGCCAGACGGGGAGUCUCUGGAGAGUGCGAGGGUCAUCGUGCUUCGCGCUCUCGGGCAGGGGCUGCAGGCCGGGCACGGUCCCAGCUACCGACGUUUUCAACACCCUCUUCGCUAGGCUGCAGACUAAGAUUGAAACCCAGCUGCAGGCUGCUGCAGCAGCCAAGCGGAUCUGGAAGGUGAAUGGAACCGUAGCCACCUGGAGACGCAAACUGAUGCAGCCGCUCACCAAGAUAGGCCUUGCGGAGAUCAUACAGCGAGAGUUGCGGCUACGGCGUAGCAACGACGACGUGCUGAUAUAUUCGCAGUCCAGCGACAUCAGUGGCUUGCCCCACUUGGCAGGUUCACAGGACCGUGUUGGCGCACUCGAUGCGGCCAACAGCCCUCCGGCAGGGGACUCUAACGCCCGCUCCGCCCGUUGA